GACAUUAGUCAGUAUCAGUAUCAGUCAGUAUGGAAGUGUGUCUUAUCUAUCUUUUUGAACUUAUUUAACAAAAGAAGGGAAAUGUUUGCUAAUCAUUUCGGAACAGAACAAACCUCUCACUGAGACAUGACUACAUAAAACAUACAUGUAUCUUUUUUUUUAUUGCAGUCUGGAGGUAUUUCAAGCAUGCUGUUAAAGACCAAACAUCAGUGACAGACUGUAACACACGCUGGGAGACUGACCCCUGAGCUAAACUUCACAACGAAAGGGGGCAGCAUUGCCCUUUCAGCGCAUGUUGGACGAAAAGAAAGAAGCGAUUCACCGGCUGAUGCGCAUGUGCUGGUGGAGGUCAUGUUUCUUCGAAUGUCCAAGACCCUGGUCAGCCCUGACAAGAUGCUUAAAUCAAUACAGCUAGGUCGUCUUGCGAUCCCUCCGGUGAUUCAAUGUCGGGGACACGUUUAUUGCCGUAAAGGAGGCGCGGCUGUCAGCCAAGUGCUUCGUGGGAUCCAUGGUGGGAUCCCAGCGCACACUCACUCGGGACUCUUCACGAGACCAACAUUACCAUGCGUACAGAGUGCACCUCUACUCUUCCAGCACCAGAUUGUUGCGCACUGCGCUGACCUGUCCUCGCAGAAAUAUACGUUGAUCUAUGCAUUACCUUCCAUAGCACUUUUACGGGCGUUGUCUAGACUCAAACUUGUACAGACUGGAAUCACUGUUGUCAUACUUCCCCCAGUAUACUACCUCUUCCUCCAGGGAGACCUUUCCCUGGACGUUGUGAACUACAGCUUUGCCAUUGCAGCAUUUGCUGCCGUCAUGCUGUACUCCAUCAGUAAUUUCUCUAGACGAGUCGUGGGGAGGAUGUACUUGGACUCUUCUGGGACUACGCUCAAGGUGUCACAUCUGACGUUCUGGGGCCGUCGCAAUGACGUAUACAUGCCAGUGGACGAUAUCAUGACUUUAGGAGAUGUCGGCGACUCUCCAAAGGAAACGAUUUUGUACUUAAAACGCUAUAGUACCAAGAAAAAAAUGUACUACUCUACCCGCUUUGGACGCGUGGUUGAUAGGCGUGGAUUUCAGAAGGUGUUUGGAAGUGUACCCUAAAUCUUGUGUUAAAUUACUUUUAUAUCUCA